AAUGACCAACAUUCUACACUCAAGCCCAGAAAGGAACAUAAAAGUAGUUAAACUUUUAUUAUUAUUAUUUUUUAUUUUAAAAAAAAACAUGGCAUGACCAUGACAUGACCCCAUCCUAUAUAUACCACCACAAUUUUAGAACCAGAAAUCACACAUUUUGCCACCAAUGGAGUUGCUCAAGAACACUAGAAAUUUACAUGGGAUGAACCAGAAACUAGUUUUAAUUAUCAUUUUGGCUUUCUUGAGUACCAACAAAGUUAAUGGAAGAUCAACCACUCCCCUUCAUCACCAUCAUGGUCAUCACAAACACAUCAAAGGCUAUUUUGAAUACUCUGCUAUAACUUGCAGAGCUUACACAGCUUCCAUUACUGAUUUUGGAGGUGUUGGUGAUGGUGUAACCUCAAACACCAAAGCUUUUCAAACCGCCAUUGAUCAUCUCGGUCAACUCGGAUCGGUAGGCGGUGGCUCGCUACUGUAUGUACCUCCUGGAAGAUGGUUGACUGGUAGUUUUAAUCUCACUAGUCAUUUCACUCUGUUUCUUCAUCAAGAUGCUGUUCUUCUUGCUACUCAGGAUGAAAACGAGUGGACAGUGAUCGAGCCAUUGCCGUCGUAUGGCCGGGGACGCGAUGCUGAUGGUGGAAGAUAUAUUAGUCUGAUAUUUGGCACUAAUCUCACUGAUGUUAUAAUCACUGGAAACAAUGGGACGAUUAAUGGUCAAGGAAGCCCGUGGUGGGUGAAAUAUCGCGCAGGCCAGUUAAAGUACACCCGACCAUACUUGAUUGAACUCAUGUACUCAGACGGCAUUCAAAUAUCAAAUCUUACUCUGAUCGAUUCUCCUUCGUGGAAUGUUCAUCCAAUAUAUAGCAGCAAUAUAAUCAUUCAGGGAAUUACAAUUCUUGCACCAGUUAGAUCUCCGAAUACUGAUGGAAUCAACCCCGAUUCUUGCACAAAUACACGAAUCGAGGACUGUUACAUCGUGUCCGGGGACGAUUGUGUAGCAGUGAAGAGCGGUUGGGACGAGUACGGGAUUGCGUACGGUAUGCCGACCCAACAACUUGUAAUCCGACGGCUCACGUGCAUUUCACCAACGAGUGCGGUCAUUGCUUUAGGAAGUGAAAUGUCAGGCGGCAUUCAAGACGUCCGAGCCGAAGACAUUGUAGCCAUCAACUCCGAGUCAGGAGUCCGGAUCAAAACCGGGGUCGGAAGAGGCGGGUUCGUGAAGGACGUAUACGUAAAAGGGUUCACCAUGCAUACCAUGAAAUGGGCGUUUUGGAUGACGGGUAACUACGGGUCCCACCCGGAUGACAAAUGGGACCCGAAUGCGAUCCCCGUUAUCCAAAACAUAAACUACCGAGACAUGGUGGCGGAAAAUGUCACUAUGGCGGCUAAAUUGGAGGGGAUUGCCGGUGAUCCUUUUACGGGGAUUUGUAUAUCGAAUGUGACUAUUGGAAUGUCGCAGUUUGCGAAGAAACCGAUAUGGAACUGUACCGACGUCCAGGGGGUGUCAAGUGAUGUGACACCACAGCCUUGUGCCGCCUUGCCGCCGGUAGAGGGUGGAAAAGCUUGUGAUUUCCCAGAGGAAAAGUUGCCAAUUGAAGAUGUUAAAGUUCAUAUGUGUUAUUAUAAACCAAAGUACAUGUGAAAUGUAAACUUUUGAUUUUAAUAUAAUGAAUUUGAUUGUCAUUAAUCAGUUUGAUGUAA